AGCAAAAGACGAACAAGAACCCAACGAAGAGCACAAAUCUUCUUGAAGAUGUCGAUUACGUUAAUACACCGUUACAUCGUCAAAGACGUUUUUGCCGUUCCGUUUCUUACAAAACAAGGAAUUGGUUACCAUUACUUUUGUCGUAACUCCGUUUUACAUAUUCGUCAAAAAGUGGUUCCUCGCUCCGGCUCGAAGAAACGUUCUUGUUACCCACAAAAAGAUUCUUUUAAACCAUCUAAUACCGGAAAAUCCCAAUCUAAACCGGAUCCGGUUCAUGAAAAGCCGAUUCAAACACCGAGUGAAGAAGGAGAAUUUUUUGAUGGUUCUGUCACAAUGUGUGCAGCUCCUUCGCCAAGACACGUGCCGAUUCCGAUAUUUUGUGGUAGAGAGAUGAUCAAAGAGUCUUCAAAGCUAGUGAAGACAUGAAUGACAAGAAUAAGAAGAAAACCACUUAAUCUUUUUAGAUUUUGUUUUGUUCAGCAAUUAUUAGUAUUAUCUUUGUCUUUGUUCAGAAUUAUGUAGCCACUAAUCUUCACUCUUACUCACAAUCUGUGUAGAUGAGUAUUUAGUUGCUAACUAAUUGUAAUUGAUCCAGAGUUCGGAGAUAAUAAAUAAUUUUAGAGUUUUCGAACUUUUCUUGUUCGUUUCUAUAAUUAUCUGAGUUGUUUACCUUUUGAGUCUUACGACUACUUUAGAUUCAAAACUAAGACCAUCUCCAAUGCCCAACUCUAUAAUUUCCUCUAUUUUAGAGAAACUCUAUUUUAGAGGCAUACAUUGGAGCAAAAUCUCCUCUAAAAUAGAAUUCCUCUAAAAUAGAGGAAAUUAUAAAGUUGGGCAUUGAAGAUGCCCUAAUCGAUUUAGACAAAUAUACGGUAUAUACCCAACACUGACAAAAGAUUGUUGGGUACAAAAAAAAAAAAAAAAAAAAAAA